CCUGCCACACCUCCAGUCCAGAGCCUGCUCCGCCCAGCCACUUAUCCUUAACUCGCACUGGCGGCGCCUCCUCCCGCUCUCGCUCCCUCACUUAUCCUCCGCGCUCACGUCGCUCGGCUGCUGUGCGGCCGAAGCGUGCCGUCUAGCACCGGCUGCACCACUCAGCUCGGGCGGAGCAGCGAGCAGACCCGUCGGCUCGCUGCGCUGGACAAGCGCUGGCUGCACUGCUGCGUGCGGUAGCGGCUGAGUCAGAAAGCACAGCCAGGAGUCGUGGUGCGCCUCGCUGCACUGCCUGCCCAGCAUGGCGUCGCUCCUGCUCCGGCUGUUCAACUCGGACUACUUCAGCCCGCACCUGGCGCUGUCCUACCUCAAGACAUACUCGGACAGCAUCGGCAUCACUUGGUACUUGGUCGAGCGGUUCCGCAGUGACUUUCCGUCGGAGGAGGUCGACUUCUACUGGCCGCAGCUGUGCUAUCUGCUUCUGAGCCGGCCGAGCGAGUCACGCGCGCUCGAGUCGUUUGUGCUCCAGCGCUGCGAUGAGCAGGUCCAUGUUGCGCUCCUUACGCUCUGGUACUUCCAGGCAGCGCUGUCCGACCUCAGCAGCGCGCCGCACUCGCCGUCAUUUAUGAUCUGCCAGCGGGUUUUCAACGCAUGCCAGCGCAUUCUCUUCGACGACCCGCUCUCUUCGACCUCGCUGAUCUCGACCACCACGUCAUCGUCGUCCGUGGUCACCGGCUCUCGCCGCUCGCGCCUCGUUGUGGCCGCGCGCUCGAAGGCGGCACCCAAGGUGCUGCCUUCCAACGUGAAGGCCAGCAUGGUCGGCCUUGGCGCAGUGCUCGCGAGCGUGCCGGGCAUGCCGUCGCUAGCACAGAUCUCGGGCAGAGUUGCAGUCGAGCAAGGGCGCAAGAAGCCUCUGGGCCUCGACAGGGCGGAGCUUGAAGGCACAGCAGACGCCGGACGCUUCUCAGGCUCUUCGGACGAUGAAGAGUUCGAGGAUGACGAGGGCGCGGGCGAAGCCGACGAGACAGACGAGGCGAAGGGCACCGGUCAGGGCAGCGGCGCUGAGUCUGCGUCGGACGGCAAAGCCUUGGCUGCCAAUGGGGCGGAGGCCGAGAAGAGCGCGCCGCCCACGCUGCGCUCGCAGACGAUGCCUGCGGGUGCCGCGAGCUCGCUCACUCCCGGUGGCAUUCUCAAGCCGCCGAGCAAGCCAGCAGCAUCGCCGCCGACCAGCGCCAAUCCGUUUGCAAGCUUUGCGUCGCGCUUCGAUGCUGGCUUCUCCGACUUCCGCGACAAGGCUGCUGCUGCCGUGGGCGACGCGCUGGGCCAGACGUUCGGCGUCGACUUUGUGCCGGGGCCGGAGUCAAGCCGGAAGCCCAAGGCGCCGCCUGCCUGGCACCCGCAGCGUCGGAGACCGCGCCUCUCGCUAGAGCAGGGCGCCAACCGCUUCCGGUCGGCACCCAAUCUCGCAAUGGCGCGUCACGGCGGCAAUGCCUCGCCCUUUGCAUCGACAACGACGUUUGCUGAGGCGACCGGCGGCGCCGCUCCGAACGCAGACGCGGUGCUGGCGCAGUACGAUCCAGAGGCCCGGCGGCGUCUGCUGCGAUCCAACUACUGCCGCGUCCAGACGCAGUUCCUGCUCACGCUGCAGGACAUAUCGGCGCGCAUGCUGCUGAUACCCAAGCCGGCACGACUCUCCGCGCUCAGGGCCGAGCUGACGCAGCUGAACCAUUCGCUGCCGAGCGAAGUCUGCUUUCCGCUGUGGUGCCGUGCAGAGGCACGAGACGGAGCCGAGGCCAGUGCGACGAAACCGCCGGAAGAGGAAGAGGGCGAGAGCAUGGCGGCCAAGCACCGCGCCGGGCGCCACCACCGCGUGGUGCGCAUCAACCCGUCCGAGGCAGUCGUGCUGAACUCGGCGGAUCGCGUGCCGUUCCUGCUGCACGUCGAGGUGCUUCACGACGACUUGGACUUCGAUCCAGACAGGCGGCAAAACCGCGAGAGUCUCAAGAAGCUCGUUGUGCAGGAGGACACGCGGCGGAGAAAGUUUGCCUCCUCGCGCAGCUUUGCGCUCUCCGACUCGAGCCGCGACCACAGCAUUGGAGCACGCGAGGACGCGACUGCGUCGUCCAGCACGCCUGCGACGCCUGGACUGUCGUCCGACGAUCCCAUGGCACUCGCUGAGUCAACAGGCUCGAACACCGCUGCGCCGCCGCCCGCGCCGGAGGUGGCCACUGCGCAAGUUCCGUUGUCGUCGCCUCUGCGCGCCGAAUAUGCGGUGCCCGAGGAUGAUGGAGAGGAAGUGGACCUGACUGAGCAGGCAUUCGGGUCCGACCUUGCGGCCUUUGGCGAGGAGAGGGAAGCAGGCUCCAGCGACGAGGACGACCUCACGGCGAUGAACCGCGACCACGACACUGCAGCCUGGACCUCGGCGCGCGGCGCCAAGCAAAAGGCCGAGCAGGCCGCCGCGCAGUUCUCGCUAGACGAGUACUCGGAGCGGAUGCGCACGGCGGCAGUCAUGCUUGCGCAGCUCAACCAGAGCACCAAUGCCGCAGCGCACCCGAUCGUGGCGCACAACCCGAACGUCAGCGCCACGGCACAGGGUGGCUGGAGCAGCUGGCUGACCGGCACGAGCUGGGCCGGCGUCGUGGCGCCCACCAAGAGCGAGGCUGGACAGGGCAGCGCGGGCAUCACUGCGCCAGUCACCGGCAGUACUGCGCCAGCCGCGCCGCGGGCGUCGACUUCGGGCGCCGUGUCGGAAGGCAUGGCGCAGGCUCUUGCUGCAGGUGCGCCUGGCGGUGCCAAGGUGCUGCACGCUGACACGGAGGCGAUCCGGCGGCGCAUCAUGCAGGAGAUGAUGGCGCUGGAAGAGGAACGCAUGGAGCGCAUGAACGCCGCCGGACGGCACGUCGGCCGCGGCCGGCGCCGCACCAACGAGCCCGACGAGGACGAGGAGACGGUGAUGCGCGCCGUCAACAAGGACGACCCGUCGGCGGCCAUGUUCCGCGAGUCGUGGGCGAUGAAGAAGGCGCGCAUCCGUGCCUCGAGCCCGUACGGGCAUCUCGAGUCGUGGGACGUCUUCUCGGUCAUCGUCAAGACUGGCGCGGACCUGCGGCAGGAGCAGCUCGCCGUGCAGCUCAUCUCCGAGUUUGGCCGCAUCUGGAAGGAGACGCAGUCGCGCUGCUGGGUGCGCUACUUCCGCAUCCUCGUCACGAGCGAGAACUCGGGCCUCAUGGAGACGGUCACCGACGCCGUGUCCGUGCACUCGAUCAAGAAGGAGGCCUACUCGCGGCGCGUCGCCGAGGGCAAGAUCGGCACGUACAAUCUCUACGACCACUUCUGCGACUCCUUCGGCGAGCCGUCGUCGUCGAAGUUCAACCGCGCGCGCGAGCGCUUCAUGGAGUCGCUGGCCGCCUACUCGAUCAUCUCGUACCUGCUGCAGAUCAAGGACCGGCACAACGGCAACAUCCUCAUCGACGGCGACGGGCGCCUGAUUCACAUCGACUUUGGCUUCAUGCUCGGCAUCUCGCCCGGCGGCGUCGGCUUCGAGGCGGCGCCGUUCAAGCUGACGCAGGACUACAUUGACAUCAUCGGCGGCACCGAGAGCCCCAAGUGGGCCGAGUUCAAGCUGCUGGUGCAGCACGGCUUCCGCGAUGUGCGCAAACACGCCGAGCGCAUCAUCAUGAUGAUCGAGCUGAUGCAGCGAGACUCGAAGCUGCCGUGCUUCUCGCUCGGCGAGCUCACCGCGUCGAAUCUGCGCGACCGCUUCCAGCUCGGCCUCAGCUCGUCGCAGAGCGACGCCUUCGUCGACCGCCUCGUCGAGUCGUCGGCCAACUCGGUGUUCACGCGCCUCUACGACCGAUACCAAUAUCAUGCUCAGGGCGUGCUAUGAGAUCCUCUCGCGGCGUCCGGGAGGAAACACCGCCGUCACCCGCCUCUAUACCCGCCGCUCCCUGCAUGCGCCGUGAUGUAUCAACCUCUCUCGCGCUGCUGCCCGCCUUGCAGUGGCGGCAAGCAUCCAUUGCAAAAGAAGAGCAUCUGAGACC